CCUGGGUGGUGGGGUGUUGUGGGGCCUCUGCGGCCCUUCGCGGUGGUUGCUGGGAAGAGGACGUCGGCCAGAGUUACUGGGGCUGGCUGGGCUCGGCGCAGUGAGGCGGGAGGUCGUUGAAGACCAGGAUCCCGCCAGGAGUACCUUUGAGGAAAGCAGAGUAUUUCUGUGAGUACGGUCUAUAUCCUGCCUCGGCUGCCUUUUCUGGAAGGAUUGUAACAGGAUGUCUGCACAGUCGGUGGAAGAAGAUUCGAUACUUAUAAUCCCAAAUCCAGAUGAAGAAGAAAAGAUUCUGAGAGUGAAACUGGAGGAGGACCCUGAUGGUGAAGAGGGGUCGAGCGUUUCCUGGAAUCACCUCCGUGACCCAGAGGUUUUUCGACAGCGGUUCAGACAGUUUGGAUACCAGGACUCACCAGGUCCCCGAGAGGCUGUGAGCCAGCUCCGAGAACUUUGCCGCCUGUGGCUCAGACCAGAGACACACACUAAGGAGCAGAUACUGGAGCUGGUAGUGUUGGAGCAGUUUGUUGCCAUCCUACCUAAGGAGCUACAGACUUGGGUUCGAGAACAUCACCCAGAGAAUGGAGAGGAGGCAGUGGCCGUUCUGGAGGACUUGGAGAGUGAGCUCGAUGAUCCUGCACAGCCGGUUUCUCUCCGCCGGCGGAAACGGGAAGUGCUUGUAGAGGAGACGUCUCCAGAAGAUGCUCAGGGGUUACCAAGUUCGGAGCUCGAUGCUGUAGAGAACCAGCUCAAGUGGGCAUCCUGGGAACUCAGCUCUCUGAGGCACUGUGAUGAUGAUGUUAGGACAGAAAAUGGAGCGCUGGCUCCAAAGGAGGAGAUUGCUUCCGCUGUGGAAUCUCAGGAAGUUCCUGGCACUCUUAAUAUAGGUGUUCCUCAGAUUUUUAAAUAUGGAGAAACCUGUUUACCCAAGGGCAGAUUUGAAAGAAAGAGAAAUCCCUCUCGAAAGAAACAGCACAUAUGUGACGAAUGUGGAAAACACUUCAGCCAGGGCUCAGCCCUUAUUCUUCACCAGAGAAUCCACAGUGGGGAGAAGCCUUAUGGAUGUGUCGAGUGCGGAAAAGCCUUUAGCAGAAGCUCCAUCCUUGUGCAGCACCAGCGAGUCCACACUGGUGAAAAACCUUACAAGUGUCUUGAGUGUGGGAAAGCCUUUAGCCAGAAUUCUGGGCUUAUUAAUCAUCAGCGAAUCCACACUGGGGAGAAACCUUACGAAUGUGUUCAGUGUGGAAAGUCCUAUAGUCAGAGCUCAAACCUUUUUAGACAUCAGAGACGACACAAUGCGGAAAAACUUUUGAAUGUUGUGAAAGUUUAAGAAAUUAAGGGGAAACAAUGAGCACUCAGGUCUUUUUCUUCAGAAAUGAAGACAAUUAAAAACAUGAAGUGAUAAAGAAAAGAUUUUUUCCCUGUCGACUGAGAAAAUCCACUGGGAGUUACAAAAGAAAAUCUUCAUUCACCAUUAUUAUCUUUGAAGAAAUGGUGUUAUGCCUAAAAACUGAAAUUUUAAAUAAUUCAGGUAUUAAUACCUAAAAUUUCCAUGUGAUAUUUAUAUUCUCUUUUCUCCCAAGUAAUGAGCUACCUGAUUCUUUGUCACUUUCUUAACAAUUUCCUUUUUCAGACAAAGAGUUUAUUUCUGUGUUGGUCAUUGGAAUGUUGUUUUAUAAGGAUACAUACCUUUCUAUUUUAAAAGGCAACAUAAGAAUUGUAAAAUCUAAAAGCCCAUCAUUUAAAAACAUCUUUGAACAUUUAGUUUCCUUUUGUUCGGUUUGAGUAUAUUUGGGGAAACUAGAAGAUAGAGACUAGUCAAAGCCUCAGUGUUGAAUGCGCCUUAAGAUCUCAGACGAGUGAUGGUGGCAGAAUUUUAAGGAGUGAAGGGAAAAGCUGGAAGAGUUACACACUGAAGUGUAUCAGUUACAUACAGUCAUCUUUCCUUAGGAAAACUUCAACAACAACAAAAAAAUCCAAAAAACUGAUUUCAUCUAAGUUGUGGGCAUCUUACUACUGAAGAGAUUCCCUGUAUAAAAACAGCACUUGGGAAGUGAAGGUGAACAGAACACUAGGAAGAAUGCUGGUGUUGGAAAGCAGAUGUAAAAAUUAAGGCACUUAGAUGAUGUGGCUUUUAGAAAAAUCUCAAAUCUAACUCAUUUUGCUCUCAUCCUAGUUAAGGAUAUAGAAAACUCCUUGAUGGGAGGGCAGCAAUAUCAGGUUUGCUCUUUUUAUUCCUUUGGUACAAAAGGGUUGAACACCAGGCUAAAACAGCCAUGCAUUUGUUACUAAACAUUUUACCGACAAUGCACUGUGCUAGGUACUGUAAUCCUACUGUAAGUGGUAGGUGUUUGUUCCCCUGUAAGUCAUAGGGUUCCCGUCAGCAUUCCCAGGUCACCUCUGAGAUUCCCAGAGUGUAGUUCUCUUAGCAGUGUGUUGUUUUUGGAGGGAGAGACGUCAGCUCAGAACGCUAGCUAGUCAGCUCUUCGCACUUUUCAGAGGUGAGCUCAAGGAUACCCUCUGUUAGUUUAAACAGUUUUGAAUCUUAAAAAUCCAAAUGUAAUUUCUAGUAGUAUUGUAGUUAUAACUACAUGUUAAGUUGAAUGGACCGUUCUACUUUAAAAAUAAAUAACUAGGCUAUGAAUAACUAGUUUUAUUAACUGGCAGAAUUGAUUAAAUUUUUUAAUUUACAGUCUUAACACAUUUUUCUUAAAAGCAUAUUAAAAGUAAUACAUUUUAGUAGUAGGAUUCUGUAUGCCCUGGCUAAGAAUCCAGGUUCUGCGGUUCUGCUGUUGAGUAGCAAACUCUGGAAGUUAAAGCAUUGUGUAUAAGAAAAUGUGGGGUUUUUGUUUGGGUUCCUUUUUUUUUUUUUAAUGUAAGACAGGCGUCAUUACAUGGAAAAUGAUCCAUGGGAGUACAAAUAUUUGCAGCAAUUUGGGUUAUAUCUGGUACUUGGUUGAAUUUUAAACUGAAAAGUGAGAUUUUUGCGUGAGUCAGUUGAAAACAGUUCUAAAUGCAAUGCAGCUGGUGAAAUGAGGCAGAAUGAAGCUUGUCAUAGAUUUCUGAUAACAAUUCUAAGAAACGUGCUUUAUAGAUUAAGAUUUAUUGAAGUAUAAAUAUGUAGUAAUGCUAUAAUGUAUUUUUAAGUUAUACAAGAAAAUGUAGGGACUUCUGUUUGGGUCUUUUCUCUGUGGCUGAGAGCAAACAAGUUAGUGUCCAAUAAGGUUGUAAACGCCUCUGCUCUCAGGUAGCGUAACCUGGAAUCGCGCGCGUUCCUUACUUGUUUAUGGCUGGUUCUUUCCCGGUAGGUUUUGAGGUGGCACAUUUGAUGGCUGCUGGGAUGACAGAGGAGGUGAUAGGGAGUAACCUGUCAGGGUGGAAUGCCAGACUUACCAAUUUUAGGGGUAGAUUUGGUAAUGUGGAAGCACAGAAAAGGCGGUAUUAGAGUUGGCAAAUAGGUGUUGUCUUGCCAGCUCUGACCCCUGUGUAUCUGUUGGGAAGGAAGCUCAGACAAGGGACUGGUCUAAAACCCCUCAUGGUAUACAGGAAAAGGAAAGCAGUGGGGUGUAUAUUUAACUGACUCUGGCUAGGCGUAAGUCUCCACUAGACAGAUUCACAGUAACAGCGAUUGCUGUCUUCAUAACUGUCCCCACACAGAUCAUCAUGAUUUGGGGGUACCCAGUCUAAUGAAGCAGACAUGAGCAGGUGGCAAGCAGUAGCCUAGCCAAUACCUGGUUAGCAUGUGAGCACUUCUGUGAAGGCAUGCACACUAACGGGCCCAACAGGCUGUCUGGUGAUUUUAUAGUCACAGAUGUUUGACCAUUAGCAGCCUGUCUUAGAUUCGUGUGAGCUUCGGGGAGGGUGCCUGUUCUGAGAGAAUGUGCAUGCUAAGCAUUCUUGGAGUACUUAAUCAUCUAGAUUUGUGGACUAGCAAAACAAGACCCAGUGAUCUCAGAACUUGUGACUUGGAAAUGGCCACUUAGAACUGCAACAUAAACCUAGUUCUGUGGAUUCCACAGGCCAGUUUGUUUGUUUGUUUGCUUGCUUACUCUGUCAAGAGUGAUGGUGUUAGCCAGGCGGUGGUGGCGCACACCUUUAAUUCCAGCACUCCAGAGGCAGAGGUAGGUGGAUGUUUGUGAGUUCAAGGCAAA